AUGCCUCCCGUUCCUAAAUACAAAUACCCAUCCGGCCAUCAAAAACGUAAGAAGAGGAAGCUAGAGGAAGAGAAAAGAAAGGCGGACGACGUAAAACAAAACCGAAUAAACAAGUUUUUUUCAAAAGAAACUCAAAAUUCUAGUUCUAGCUUGGGUGACGAUAAUGUGGGUCAAGAGGCUAAUGUGGGCGAAGACAAUGUGACCGUAGGUGAAGAAGGUAAUGUGGGCGAAGACAAUGUGACCGUAGGUGAAGACAACAUGAACGUAGGUGAAGAUAAUGUUAAUGAUACCGUAGAUGAAGAUGAUGUUAAUCCGGUUCCGGAUAUUGAUAUUUUUGAUCCUAGAAAUUGGGGUGGGCUUAGUAAUGACAUGAUUAAAGAGUUGGUUACGAAAGGUCCAAAAAGAGAUAUGGAUGUUAAGGGCCCCGUGGAUAAAUUUGGAAGACAUUUUUCUAAUACCAUGUACACUAGAAUAUUAUCAAAUAGGGAGACGUGCGAUAGAGAAUGGCUAGUGUAUUCGAAAAAACUUGACAAACUCUAUUGUUUUUGUUGUAAAGUUUUUAGAACGCGGCAUCCGAAAGGUGGGUUGGAUGAUGAAGGUUAUAACGAUUGGAGACAUGCCAGUGGUAGACUUAAAGAACAUGAAGUUGGUUUAGAACAUUUCAAGAACAUGCAUGAAUGGUUUGAAUUGCGGCAAAGGUUGAAAUGCAAAGAAACAAUUGACAAAGGGGCAUAUGAGCACUUUAGAAAAGAAAAAGAUUAUUGGAAACAAGUCAUCUUAAGGAUUAUUGCACUUGUGAAGUUUCUUGCAAAAUAUGGCUUAGCGUUUCGUGGGUCAAAUGAGAAGUUGUAUCAAAAAGGAAAUGGAAACUUUUUGGGUUUGGUUGAGAUGUUGGAAGAGUUUGACCCGAUUAUGAAAGAACAUGUGCGCCGAGUUUUGAAUGAAGAGUGCCAUGUACACUUUCUUAGCCACAAUAUUCAAAACGAGUUGAUACAAUUAUUAGGGGAUAAAGUUAGAACCGAAAUCAUCAAGAAAGUUAAGCAAGCAAAGUAUUACUCCAUCAUCCUCGAUUGCACGCCUGAUACAAGUCACCAAUAG